UGGUGAAAUUACCAUCUCAGGUCGACUUUUCUUCUCUUCGUGAUUCAGAUCAACAGUUGCGGCGGCCCAUUUGAUGACAAGAUAAACAAAACCCACUCGGCGGAGCUAAUACCAGAAUGCAGAAAGCAUGAGAGGCAACGGGAUCUUGGGGAUCAAUGACUUGGACCACAGCAGGGCAACUUUGAGCAGAAGAAAGAAAUGGCUACAGAGACGAGAGAUAUGGCUUGUGAUUCUUGGCGUAGUCCUACACGCAGUAUACAUGCUCAGUAUCUUCGAUAUCUAUUUCAAGACACCGAUUGUUCACGGAAUGGAUCCUGUCUCCCCUCGAUUCGCCGCGCCUGCAAAACGCCUCGUGCUUCUUGUUGCGGAUGGUUUACGCGCUGACAAAUUCUAUGAGGCAGAUUCAGAAGGAAAUUACCGAGCACCUUUUCUGAGAAGUGUAAUUAAUAACCAAGGUCGGUGGGGAGUCUCUCAUGCUCGGCCUCCUACAGAAUCAAGGCCUGGACAUGUUUCUAUCAUAGCUGGUUUCUAUGAGGAUCCUAGUGCAGUUACAAAAGGGUGGAAAGCUAAUCCAGUUGAAUUUGAUUCUGUUUUUAACCGGAGCCGGCACACAUUUGCUUUUGGUAGUCCAGAUAUUGUUCCAAUCUUUUGUGGUGCCUUGUCACACAGUACAUGGAAUAGUUAUUCUCACGAGCUUGAAGAUUUUGCUACUGAUGCCUCCUUUUUGGAUGAGUGGUCUUUUGAUCAAUUUCAGAGCCUUCUGAAUAGGUCCCAUGAAGACCCAAAGUUGAAGGAGCUACUUCUACGGGAUAAGCUUGUGAUUUUUCUCCACUUACUUGGCUGUGAUUCGAAUGGCCAUGCACAUCGACCUUACUCUUCUAUUUAUCUCAAUAAUGUUAAGGUUGUUGAUCAUGUAGCCAAACGGGUUUACAAUCUUUUGGAAGGUUAUUUCAAGGACAACCGGACAGCAUAUAUUUUCACAGCUGAUCAUGGGAUGAGUGACAAAGGAAGUCAUGGAGAUGGGCAUCCUACAAACACUGAUACUCCCCUUGUUGCUUGGGGGGCAGGCAUUAAAUAUCCCAAGCCAUCUAGCUUUGAUCAUUCUGGCUCUCAUCUUCGUUAUAUUGAUGAACAUGCACAUGACAUGGCAACACCUAUGGAAUGGGGGCUUAAAGAUGUUGAAAGGGUGGAUGUUAAUCAAGCGGAUAUUGCCCCACUUAUGUCAACUCUUCUUGGUUUGCCAUGCCCUGUUAAUUCAGUUGGGAGUUUACCCCUCAGUUAUAUUAAUAUGAAUGAGGCAGAAGAAGUGGAAGCAGUGCUAGCCAAUACAAAGCAAAUUCUUAACCAGUUCCUUCGUAAAUCACGUAUCCUUCUUGUGUACCAAUUAGUGUAUCUAUUCGGAUGUCUGUUGGUGGGAGUUCUUUCUGUUCUUCUAUUGGUGGAGCAUUCUCCUCCCCUUUAUCAUGCAUAUGUUGCCAUGACAGUUUUCCUCUGGACUCAAAUUUUCAGCGAGUCUCAGUUUAUCCAAGCAUUAUGGAGAUACUUAAGUGGAAGGAAGAGCUAUUUUGUUAAACUUCUAGUUGUUGGUGUUGCCUCAGUAUUUAUUCUGGAAUUUCUGGUCAAUAGCUUCACUGAGAGGAAGCUCUAUACUUGGUGUUUCCUCAUAUUGGGAGCCGGAGGUUCAAUUCAUCUCCACAAUUCAAUCCCUUGGAGAUCUAGGCUACCUGUUUUUGUGUGUAUUGCAUGUUGGUUUUUAUCCACGUUUACUUUGAUGCCAGCAGAAAUUCCUGACAACAAUCAGUUAGUGCUUGCAAGUGGAGCUAUCAUUAUCUUAAUAAGUUCUGCUGCAAGGUGGCUUGACCUGCAUGGUGAAGGCAAUAAAUACUGGGAAAUUAUCUGUAAUUGUCAAAGGAAGAAACCGAGGUUCCCCAUGCUCUUUUACUUACAGGCUCUUUUGGUUGGUUUAUCAUCAGUAAUGGUAUUAUUAUCAACAUCUCACAGAACACAGAAUCAAGAAUUACAUGUGUUGCACCAGUUAAUCAACUGGUCAAUUGCUGGUACGCCUUAGAACACUUACCUUACU